AUGUCAACUGUGAAAGAGAGACAGGCUAAGUUGAUUAUCUGCGUGGCUAUCUUCUGGGUACUCUGUCUUACAGCUUAUAUGUUUGAUAUGAUUGUAGCUAUCACAGCAGGGCAAUAUGGCGCUGAUGCUGCCACAAUGUCUUUGGGCAAGCUCACCAUUUCACUGAAGGUUUUCUUUGCAUCCGAAUGGUUCUUUGUCACCGGUGCUGCUGCCUUUCGCCUAGGAAUUCUUCUCCUCUAUAUCGAAGUUUUCCGAGUUGAUUGGUUCUACUGGAGCUCCAUCAUCAUUGGAACUAUUGUUACUCUUUACUGGGUUGCAUCUAUUCUAACAAUCACUUUACUCUGUCGCCCAAUCAACUCUAACUGGAAUAUCAUGGUGACGGGUACCUGCGGAGAUGUUGGGAAGACAGAAUAUGCCUCCGCUGGAUUCAACCUUAUUAUUGACUUCCUUGUUGUUGCACUUCCAAUGCCUACUGUCUGGACAUUGAAUAUGCCUAAAGAGAAGAGGGUUAGUAUAACAGCCGCCUUCUUACUUGGUUUAAUUACGGUUGGUAUCAAUAUCGGUCGAAUUAUGCAAACCAAACUGUGUGACCAAGAUGAUACAACAUUCUGCGCUCUAGAUGCCUCGAUUUUAGUCGCAGCAGAGAUAUCUUCCGGUAUCAUUGUGUCCUGUGCACCGAUGAUGGGUGCCGUUCUUUGGCGCAAUUCUGUAUCCAAGGGCGCUAGGCCAGAUCCUCAAAUUCGCACUUUCGGCUCAUCAGAACGCACUUGGCCAAAACGUCAUCUUCUUCGUGAUACCGAGCUGUUGCAAACACAAGAUGAUGACCUGGAGCUCGCGAAGAGCGAUGUUUCUUGCUACACACAGAUUGCUGCCCCUGAGGAUGUUUAUAGCCCCUUGCCCAAUCAAACCUCCCGCUCUGGAUUAUAUCCACAGGGAUCAGGUAUAAUGGUGUGCAACGAGUUGUCGGUCCACGAGGCUACUCAUCCUCAAGGAGAGUAUUGA